AUAGGUGAUGGUGAUAGUGGCAGUGAUAGUGAUAGUGAUAGUGAGCUCACAGCAGAGCUUCUCCAGAUGACUUCCUGUUCCACCUCUUAUCGCAGUCCCCUGCAGAUCUGAUAGUGGUUGUUGGUGGACCCCUGUGACUGGGACUUACUCCACUAAGGCCGCCUACCCAACAGCCAGCCUGCUACAUAGCCCAAGCCAGGUAGCAUUGCAACCUCCACCUCCACCACCUCCAGACCAAGACCCAGCACCCGCUUUCCAGAGAGCACAGGCAAGGCGUCCGCUAAACCACACUGUGCUGCGCUACUUGUCUGCCACUGCCACUGUCACUAUUAGCAGCAGCAGCAGCCGCAACAACAACAGCAACUGAUCUAAGCAGUCUGCAGUAUCAAUCUCACAGGAGCAGACGGACCAUCAUACAUUACUGGACAUAGAUCAACCACCAUUGCCCACUCCUUCUACUACGGAGGUACACUGUGGAUUUUCGCAGUACGACCACCUUUCUACCCUUCUGCCCUCCUGUCUGGUCAUUGCUCACGUCCACCUGCAACCGCUUCUUCCCCACGCUUGCCGAGACGAGACCUGCAUAAAUUUCAGCGACUCCACGUUUGUCUCCCAAUCCCAUCAACACCAGACCCUUUGUCACCCUUCACCGUCGUCCGAUCUGCUCUGUACUCGUUGGCUGACUGGGUGAUCUGCCAGAUGCAGAUCACCAGCUUGUGAAAAUGGGCAACAACAGCACAAAAGAGUCACCAUCAAACCGACGUGAUGGUGGCACUAGUUCGUCUCAUGGCGAUCGCAGCCACCAGCAUCCAUACAACUCAAGAAGCGGUCGCGGGAGUAGGGCGGAUCUGUCGUCGCUACUUGGGAUAGGUUCUUCCAGCAACGAUGUGCCAGAGCGGAGGGAGACCAAGCAGGAGAGGGAGGCAAGGAAAUUGGAAAAGGAGAGGGUUGCCAGAAUCAAGGAAAGGGAACGAAGCAUAAAAGAAGAGCAUGUUGACAGGGGUUUCUUGGUCACCAUGGGAGUCUAUACUGGACAUGAGGACUUCAACAAGCCAAUUGUCAGACAGCUGAUGGUAUGUUUCAAAACGUGGAGUAGCUUUGGAUAUAUCAUACUGACUAAUAGUAGAUUGAACGAAGAAUUGCCCCCUUCUGGCGCGGCUUGGACGAUUUCAAGGACGAAUGGACAGAAUACCAGCUAAUAGCUGCUGGGAGAGGUCUGCCCAUUCCCGCAGCAGAUGAAAUACCACCUGAAGGCUUUGCUGGCGUUGCCUCUGCUGAGCCUGCAAGUGAUUCAAGCAAUAUACAGAAUCUCAUGGUGCCUAUUAGUGGUAGAUCACUUUCAGCUUCCUCUGAUGUCUCUGGAACCUUUUCUCCCUCAAUACCUUCCCCCACUUCACCAACAGCCACACAGUCAACAUCCCCCUUCCGACCUAGAUCCAAGACUUUGGCUUCCCUCACAACUUCAUCCAAAAAUACUUCUUCUCCAGAGUUGCUACCUCAGGAGAUACAACUGCCUCAUGAUCCUUUUGUUAACGGUCAGCAGAUUGAAGUCUUCUUAUACAAGAACGCUUCAGAAUGUCCAAUUUGUUUCCUGUACUAUCCUCCAUAUCUCAACAAAACCAGGUGCUGCGAUCAGUCCAUAUGUUCAGAGUGCUUUGUGCAAAUCAAGCGUCCAGAUCCUCAUCCGCCUGAGCACGAACAUAAUGAUCCUUCUAAUCCAGCUCCAGCAGCACCUGAACCAGCGGCAGAAUCAGAAAUGUUAGUCUCAGAGCCAUCCACUUGUCCAUACUGUCAACAACCUGAGUUUGGUGUCACGUACGAUCCUCCUCCUUUCAGACGUGGUCUUGCCUACCAAAACCCACACCCUGGAAUAACCAGUCUCUCUUCAGCAAUGUCUUCUUCCUCUUCAUUGAACUCAACUGUUCCAGCGGCUGCUGUGCCUGUGGCCCAAAAGAGGCGCACAACGUCCAUUUCAGCCAACGCAUCUACUGUCAUCACAACAGACAGAAUACGACCUGACUGGGCUACAAAACUAUCGACUGCACGUUCUCAUCUUGCGAGACGCUCGGCCGCAGCAACCGCGUUACAUACAGCUGCAUAUUUGAUGGGAAAUAAUCAGGAUAGCAGAAGUUUCAGGAGUAGAUUUGGUAGACAUCGUCACGAGAGUCCAGGAACAAGUGGAGCGGCCACACCAUCGCCCGCAAAUGUCAAUGAUAGUGGCAAUUCAGGCAACGCACCUGAGCAAAACUCAAACUCGCGUAGAGAAGGAGGUGGUAGCUCUCGUCGUCGAAAUAGAAUGGAUGAUCUCGAGGAGAUGAUGAUGGCAGAGGCGAUUCGAUUAAGUUUGGUGGCUGAGGAGGAACGAAAAAGAAAGACUGAAAAGGAGGCGGCCAAGGAGGCAAAAAGAAAACUCAAAGAAGACAAGAAGAGGGAGAAGAAGGAGAGAAAGGUCUAUGGGAGUGGGGCAAGUUCAGCAAGUGGCAGUGCUCUGAGUUUAACUUUACCGGGACUAGGCAGAAGAAGGGGAAAUAGUGGUGCAAGUAACCUGCAGAGAGAGAUAACCCAAGAGGUCACGGAGCCAUCUGACACGAAGGGGAAAGGUGUUGAUCGCGGAUCUGAAAAUUCGACUAGUUCUACGAUACCAACAGAGACCUCACGUGGAGAAAGUAGCUCGAGUUCUGGAAUACCCCGACCUUUGGAUUUAUCCUCGUUGGCGCAAACCACCGAACCUCACCCCGCCUCGCCUUCGGCACCAGACAAACCUUCACACCUUCGUCAGAUGAGUAGUGCAUCCAGUCCAGCUUCUUCAUUAGUAGAAUCUGCGGGUGGCAGCACAAGGCAUAAUCCGCAUGGCCUCAACAGAUCCUCUUCCACUCUAGAUUCACCUCGUGCUUCCGGCACCAACAUUGCGAGUGAUGAGACCCCACCAGAGGGCGAGGAAGGAAACGAAGGCGGGGCGUCAGAGUCAAUGUUCAAUUUUCGAAGUCUGGCAGAAAUGAUUGGCAGUGAGGAUCGCAAUGGGGAGGAUAAGCAGGACGCAGCAAAGCACAUAGAGUACCUCGAUGGUGGAAUUGACGGCGGUGAAAGGUCUGAUGUGAAGAAUCCUGCCGAAAAGGAGAGCGAGCCGCAGGAGAGCGUUGCCACAUUGAAACUCAAUAGUCCGGAUAGUGCUGAAGAGAACCGGCAAACCACCCUACUAGAACCACAACGAACUACGCCUGAGGUCAUGCUUACUCCAGAAACUCCGGCAGCUAUGAACGGUGACGAUGAGGAAGAUAAGCAAUUGGGUUCUGGGUGGACUGAGAAUGUGACCCGAGAGAUCACGCAGUAA